AUGAUAAACUUCACACAGGUUUCAUAUUUCACUUUUGGUGCAUACUUUAAUAUUGGGCUCUUUAAAUACUUAUUUUUUCUGAUCAUUAUGUGUUUUUAUGCUUUAAUAGUUUGUGCCAAUCUUUUGCUGAUUGUGGUUAUCUGUAAGAACAGAAGCUUACAUGAACCUAUGUACCUUUUUCUGUGCAGCCUGUUUGUAAAUGAACUGUAUGGUAGUACAGGGUUGUUUCCAUUCCUUCUGGUUCAGAUCCUCUCUGACAUUCACACUGUUUCUGUUCCCUUCUGUUUCCUGCAGAUUUUCUGUGUGUAUACUUAUGGCUGUGUAGAGUUUAGUAACUUAGCCAUCAUGUCUUAUGACAGAUAUCUUGCUAUCUGUUAUCCUCUGCAAUAUAACACACGUAUGACAUAUAACAAGGUUGCCGUGCUUAUUGCUCUAACAUGGUUAUUUCCAUUUUUUGCAAUUGCUGUCCCGAUGUCUUUAAGUUCCUCUUUACAGCUGUGUGGGAACAUCAUUAACACAGUUUACUGUGACAAUUACUCUAUUGUCAAACUGGCCUGCUCUGACACCGCAGUGAACAACAUUUAUGGACUCAUUAACACUUGUCUUGUAGUCUUCGUUGCUCUUAUAAUUCUCAUUCUUUACUCCUACAUGAGGAUUCUUAAAGUGUGUUUUUCUGGUUCUAAACAGACCAGACAGAAAGCUGUCAGUACCUGCACACCUCACCUUCUUUCCCUGCUCAACUUUUCUUUUGGGUCUUUCUUUGAAGUAGUGCAAGGGAGAUUUAAUAUGAACAGUUUACCCAUCAUGUUACGCAUUUUUCUGUCAUUGUACUGGCUUACGUGCCAGCCGCUCUUCAAUCCUGUAAUGUACGGACUGAAAAUAUCCAAAAUCCGUAACAUAUGUAGAAGUCUUGGUUUUGGGAUCACGCAACAUUGCAGAGAUGGCGGUGGAGUUCUGGACUAUGGCAGCGCCAUCAGGUUGGAUAACCGCAUUCGGGAGCGCCGCUGUGAGAAGACGGCCAGCCCCAGGUUACCUGUCUGUCACCUAUCAACUCCUCCCCGCCGUUUCGCUCUGGAAGCGGCUGAGACUCCCCGACUCCCUACGAGUAGUUCCGAACCCGAAGCCAUGGAGGUGGGCUGUGUACAAUUGUCCUCUGAGGAGCGUGCACGCCGCAUUAAUGCUCGAUCUUGCCUUUACUGUGACCUCCCUCCAGUGGCAGUCCCGGAGUUUCCCUGUCGGCGCGCUUAUUGA